ACCAAAAAUGGUAAAAGUGAAGUGGGACAAAUUAUGUGGGACAACCCAAAAUGGAAAACUGGGUCAAAUUAUGUGGGACGGAGGGAGUAUAUUUUAUAAAAAUAAUUUAUUAAUAAUAUUCAAAUAGCACUAAUGUCUAUUGAUCACGACAACUAGAAUUUAACUACAAUAUAGAUAACAUUGAAAGUAAAAUAUAUUUAAAAAUUCUUUCAAAUACUAUAUGCUUAGAAUAACAUAUUUAACCAUGGAGUAUCUCAUAACGUAUAUGUCUAAGUAUAAAGUUAACCAUAAAUCGGGUCUUACACAGGUACUCAUAUUUAACCAUGAAUUAUAUAAUUAAGUAACACGUACACUAAAACAUGUACUAGUAUUAAAUUGUAUUGCAUAUACAUAUUACUGACGUAGAAAAUAUAUAAAAAUUUAAAUAUGAAUAUGCUGCAUAUUAGCAUAUGUAUAUACUACCAUGGAAGCUAGAUUUAUAUAUUGAUAUGUAUAUUUGGAGAAUUUUGUGAGUGCUUAUAUAAAUUAUAUUCCACGUUAGCCACUUUACUUAUUUUUAGUUGUUUUCAGUUUGCAAAUUAUAUCUCUCUCCUCAUAUCAACACAUUAUUUUUCUCCUUUUUCUUUCCUUUUUUCGUUGUUUUUCUCUUCAUAAAUUCUUUUGAAGUAUAUAUAUUUUGUGACCUCGGUCUCUUUAGUCUGAAGCUUUUUCUUUACAAAAACUGAUAUCUCAAUUAACUCUAUACUUGUGUAAAAGCAUUAUUAAUUGGUCGUGGGUUUUCGCAACUAAUUGAUAAAUAUGCCUCAAUAAGUGACUAUAAUUAUUGGUGCCGAUGAAAAUUAAUACACAAAAUUAAGCAAGCAAGAAGAAAGAAUUAGAGCAUCAAAUUGGAAGAAAUGGCUGCAAAAAAAGUUUGAAUAGUAUGGAAAACUGGCAGUAUGAUAAAAUUGAGAAGAAAGAAGAAAUGGAAAAUUUAUAAAAAAAAUUGACGUGGAGGGGAGAAUUAUGAGCAAAUGUAUAUAUGAUGGAUUAGGAUCAUUAGAUAUGAUCGAUUUAGUUUGAUGUGAUAUUUAAAUAUCAAAACGAAUUUUUGUUAAAUAAAAUAUAGUAAGGGGUAAUUUAGUAAGUAAGUAAUAUAAAUAAUAACAAAAUCGGUUGAAAUAAAACCAGUUUGAUCCAAUUAAAAAAUUAAGGGUUCGAUCAUUACAAUUUAAUUAUUUUUUAAUAUAAAAAAUCUCUAAUUAUGCAUUAGAAUUUAGUUAUGUUUUUUUAUCACUGUCCUAUGUAAGCACUAUCUACGUCCUUUAGAAAAGUGACUGUUUGUAGAAAAUGAUACUAGAGAAAAAAGUUUACUGAUAUAGAAAGUUUUUAAUUUUAAGAGUUUGGACUAUUUUUAAAAGAUGGAGGUAUUAUGUUUAUUUGAUUGUAAAACCACGACUAAAACAAAAAAAAAUUCGGCAAGAAAAAGAAAAGCAUAUUAGAAUGAAUGGCUGUGGAGCUCUUCAGUUGCAUAUCUUAUCCAUUUCUUUACCUUAGUUCUCUCUGCAUCAAUAAUUCAUUUCCAUUCCUCAACCUUAACCCUUCGCUCUGAAACAGCUCUCAGCACAAAGAAUGGAAGAAGCUGCCGCCGCCACCAUGCUUAAAGUUCUAUUUCAAAAGCUCAGCGAGUAUUCCACGGAUCAGGUCUUACUUGUUGCUGGUUUCGGAAAUGAAGCAGAGCAGUUAACUCAGAAUCUGAACAUGAUCCAGAAAUUCUUGAGUGAUGCAGAGAUGGGCUCCAUCCCCGGUGAGGCUGUCAAGAAGUGGCUCGCGGAUCUCGGAAACGUGGGGUUCGAUGCUGACAACGUGUUGGAUGAAAUCAUAUAUUAUGAACUCUCCAAACAAAGCAAGGCGGAUACGAUGGCCAACAAACCCAUGAAACAAAAGGUAUUAUUAUGCUUCUUAUUCUGCCUUCAUAUUUUAAGUGCUCGAAGUAUGGCUCAUAGAAUCCAACAAAUCAAUGGGAAUUUGGGGGUCAUUAACCAAAGGGCUGCCGACCUUGGCCUCGUCGAGAGAGUUGCUGCUGCUGUGCCCACUUUGCCUGACGUUGCUCGUGAAACUGACUCAUUCAGUCUUGAUCCAAUUUUUAUUGGAAGAGAUGAGAUGAAGUCAAAAAUAGUUAAACAGCUUACCGCUUGUAGCACAACUGAUAAAUGUAUUUCUAUCCUUGCCAUUGUGGGAAUGGGAGGAUUGGGGAAGACUACUUUGACUAGGGAAGUCUUCAAUUCUCUAAAAGAUGAGAAUCGGUUUGGAUCACAUAUUUGGGUGUAUGUUUCUCCAAAUUUUGAUCCACUCACUCUUUUCAACAAAAUUUUGACUUCUCUUGAUCUACAAGAAAGUAAGCUUAAGGAAGCUGCUUUAAAAAAACUUGUCGAUGCCUUAAAAGAUAAAUCAUAUCUUCUUAUUCUUGAUGAUAUUUGGAAUGAAAAUGUUCUCAAAUGGGAAGAAUUUAUUCAUCCCUUGUUGCGCGUUAGUUCUAUGAAAGGUAAUGCGAUUGUUGUUACCACCAGAAGUUUGGGUGUCGCUUCAAUUAUGAAACCAUUUGAUACACAUGAGCUGCAAAGGUUAUCAGAUGAAGAUUGUUGGUCAAUUAUCAAAGAAAAAACUUUUGGAAAAGAGAAUGUUCCUUCAGAACUUGAGGCCUCUGGAACUAAGAUUGCAGAAAAAUGUAAAGGUUUGCCAUUAGCUGCUAGCGUAGUAGCUGGAGUACUACUGAGUGAUCAAUCUGAAGAAAGAUGGCAUUCAAUCAAAGAGAAUUGGCUUUCACGCUAUGAAGGAAAUGAUAUCGAACGGAUAUUGAAGUUCAGUUUUGAUAAUUUGUCCCUACCGUCACUCAAAAAGUGUUUUGCAUAUUGUUCGAUUUUUCCUAAAGGUUACAAAUUUAAACCACAGACUCUGAUUGAAUAUUGGAUGGGCGAAGGAUUUCUUAAAGCUGAUGAAAGGAGUGACAUGGAAUCUAUGGGAGAAAAAUUUAUCCAUGUUCUUCUACGCAACUCUUUACUGCAAAUUGCAGAAAGAGAUGUUCAUGGAAAUGUGGAAAGUUGUGUGAUGCAUGAUCUUCUGCAUGAUCUUGCAGCUUCUGUUUUAAGAGGUUCUUUUAAGGAAGAUGAAAUAACCCAAGUUCGAUACAUGUUUCUCAAAGAACAUUCAUAUGCUGUUCCAAAAACAAAUGAAAAAUAUUUGCGCACAUUGCUGUCCGUGUUUUACCAGAAGGAUAUCAUGUUCUCAAACUUUGAAUCUCUUCAUGUUUUAGCUUUUCAAGGGUGGAAAGUUGAAUAUUGGCCAAGUCAUAUCAAUAAAGCUGGAGAUUUGUUUAUUGAAGAUUUGUCAAGUGAAAUCAAGAAGUUGAUACAUUUGAGAGUUCUUGAUAUUGACGUUUUACCUAUUGAAUAUCUUCCGGAAUGGAUCGGUGAACUCUUUCACUUGCAGACACUGAGAGCUUGUCAUAGUAAGUUAAAGAAACUUCCAAGUACUUUGAAGAACUUGAGAAACUUAAGGCAUCUUUAUAUUACGAAAGGUGUAGAGUUGUUUGCCGAGAUUGGUCGAUUAACUUCUCUCAGGACCCUACAGUUUUUUAGGGUGGGCGACAAGAAUGGCUACAAAAUUGAAGAGCUCGGAAGUUUGAAUUGUCUCAAAGGAAAACUGCAAAUUGAUAACCUUGAAAGGGUUCGUAACAAGGAAGAGGCUGAGAAAGCAAAUCUAUCUAACAAGCCAAAAUUAUUGGAGUUGUAUUUGGGAUGGGAGAUUGGUAGAGAAGGUGACACUACAAAUGAUGAGAAUGUGUUGGAAGGCCUCCAACCUCCCUCACGUCUGGAGAAGUUGGUGAUUAAAGGAUUUGGAGGCAAAAGAUUUCCAUCAUGGACUCGAAAUAUGGAAGUUGAUAAUGGACGUCAAGGUUCUAGGAUAACACUUAACAAGUUGGUUGAGAUAACACUCUCCGACUGCUCAGAAUGUGAAGAAAUCCCAAUGUUUGGGCAGUUGCCAAAUCUCAAGUGUCUUCGGUUGUACAGAUUGAGGAAUGUGAAGUCCAUAAAUUCUUCAUUCUAUGUAUCAGUGAAUGAUGAUACACAUACUGUUUUCCCAGCGCUAGAAGAGCUGGUGUUGGUUAACUUGCCUAAGCUCACAGUGUUGAAGGGAAUAGAAUCAGUGGAUGCAAGUGCUGUCAGUGUAUUUCCUCGCCUUCAACACUCGAUGAUCGAGGAUUGCCGUGUGUUGACGAGUUUUCCUACCCAUUUCUGGUCGCCCCUCAAACGUUUGAAAGUGUUUUCUAUAAGGCAGUGUUACAAUUUGAGUGAAAUACCAGAUAGUCUAGGCACCCUCAAUUCUUUGACUAUAAGUGAUUGCCCAAAUCUGAAACGGAUAGGAGAUCUUGGCGUACAACAAUCACAAGAAAGUCUCAGAUCCCUUACAUCUUUGUGGAUAAGCAGGUGCGAGGCUUUGCUGUAUUUGCCAUGUGAAAUGCUAGGUUCCUCACUCAAGAGUUUGGUGUUGGAGGAUUUAAGUAGCCUAGAGAAUCUACCCGAAAUAAUUGCCCUUCUCCCAAAAUCCCCCCGUCUAACACGUUUGGUAAUCAUUCGCGUUCCUCAAUUCAUGACCACUUGUUUUGUUGAGAUUCCGCCUCGUUUUAGUAGCUUGGAAUGGUUAAACAUAGAUGCUAGUGUGGGGGGAUUAAUGGAGACUGUUAAUGGCAUAUUGCAAGGAUGCAGCUCGCUUGAUGGCUUACUCUUGAAGGGGAUGGAAAGUUGGGAAAAUCUACCGGAAUCGAUUCAAUAUGUCACUACUCGUUCUUAUUUAGAGUUGGAGAAUUUUGGAAUGGAAGAGUUACCUGAAUGGUUGGGGAACUUCACAUCUUUAAGGCAGUUGCGUAUACGAAAUUGUAAGAAGUUAAGGCAUCUACCCUCUAUGGACGCAAUGCGGCGCCUCACUGAAUUAUCUCACUUAAAUAUAGAGGGAUGCCCAGAAAUAUGUGUUGAAGAAGCAAGUGAUGCAGCUGAUUCUCAAUGGCCCAACAUUUCCCAUAUCCCCUACAUCUUUAUUGAUGGACGCCGCAUCGUUGCAUGUCUAUUUAUUGAAGGAUGCCCAGAAGCAAGUGAUGCAGCUGAUUCUCAAUGGCCCAACAUUUUCCAUAACCCCAACAUUCCCCACUAUAUUGUUGGACGCCUCGGUUGGAGCCAGUCUUUUCAAAGCAGAUAUCAUCCUAAUGGGUAUUGCGAAAAAAUAAUGUUGUUGGGUUUAAAAUGUGUCGCUGUUGAAUUUCUUUUGCAAUUACCUUAGGGUGAUCAUUUUCUUUUAAACGUUAAAAUUAUAGGACAAAAUUCAAUAUUUAGAUAAGUUGCAUGCUUAAUCCCAAAUGGUUCCUCACAGAAGCUAUGUGUAGAACCAAAUAGGGUUUUUGUGCAAAGGAACGAGAUCAAUUUUGGACUUUAAAACAUGGUUGACCAAUAGUUUUUUUUACGAAACUGUUAAAUAUGAACCAAAACAUAUUGUUUAGGAUCAAAUUAGAACCACAAAAGUUUCUUUGAGCAAAGGUACGACACUAAUUUAUACUUUAGUCUUAUAUCUACCAUGUUUUAUUGUAUAAGAAACUGCAUAUCACUAAUAUUAUCUGAUCUAUUAUACAAGGUUGUCCUGGUCAGUAUCUACUUUUAUCUAUAUUUUUUGUUUACUAGGUGUGUUCUCUUUAAUGGAAAUUAGUGGAUGAUAUAUAUUCUUCACUCUUUUAACAUAUAUGGUUAGGUGAAUAAUUUUUCUCAGCUCAUAUUAAUAUGAAUAUAUUAUUCUCUCUCUCCACCUAACACACAAAAUAUCUUCUAAAAUCUCAUAUCAUUUCCCAAUUUGCCAUCUAUUAAGGGACGGAAGUAGUACUAUAUUUUAAUGUGAUUUGCUAUUGUGCCAUGGUCUUGUUUACUUGUUAUUGUACACCUGUUAUCUAAGGGAUGAUUAUUUCUGAAUGGCCCAAGAUUAUUGCAAGAAUUCUGAUUCUCAUAAAAAAUAAUAUGAACUUGCAUUGUUUCAAUUUAAUUGGCACUACUAGUUUGGAGCUAGUUUUAUCUAGUAGAUCAACUUACAAAGUUAAGUUGCACUCACCGAAUCCCAAAAUAUUCAACACUACUUUGUCACAAUCUUUUUCGUGUUUUAUAUAGAUCGUAAUGAGACAGGUCGUGUUUGAGUUUGAGUUGCUUCGAGUGAGGUGGUGAAGGAGUGUGUGCCGGUUAAUUUUCUCCAACUUGAUGUCAACAUUCUUCAAUUUCCCACCGGUUUGGCAAUUGUUUGCGUUGUGUGUCUCUCACGCCGCAGUGGUGGCAGAAGGAGAUCAAGCAAAGACUUGUGUUAGAGUCAUGUCCGAAUUUGCUUACCAACAAACUUUGACGAUUGUACUCAUUUUAUCCCUGUUUGUUGCAUGAAUAUUGUAAUGUGUAAGGACACUUUGUGUUAGAGCAAUUGUCAUCGUGUAGUUGUCGAGUCACCACUGGCAAGCAAGCAACAACAACUCGACAGCUAUGCAAUGCAAUAGCUGAAAUGUCGGCUCUUGUUUUCUUUUUCCUCCAUUUUCGGUUCUCUCCCCCUACUUUUGAAUAGGCCGAGGAAAUGUAGUUAUAUGGGUUAUGGAGUAUUGAUGUUGGAUUAGAGAUGGGAGAUAUUAAGCUUUUGAAUCAAAAUUAGGGAAGCGCACAAAU